AUGCCAGCGCUUACAAGUCCGACAGACACUCCAUCGCCUCCUAAUAACAAUUGGAUGAGUGUUUCGCCAAAUCUCUGUUCAAUCCACUCCUCAUACGAGCGUCAAUUCAUAAGCGAUACCAACACUUAUACCUUUCCGAGUCAUAUGAAUACUAUAUCUCCACCGCUUCAACAAAAGCCUUCAAUCGGUCACAACUACUUCCAGUCAGAACCCGAGUCAUUGUCUAAUCAAUCGGAACCUCAAUCCAUAACUCCAACACUUAUCACCUCCAAUAAGUCCGCUGCCAAGAAAAAGAAGGCCACAAAGACGACAUAUAAGCACAUCCCUCAUCGUGAGAAACCCAUACAUUUGGUGGCGCGAAGGAAUGCCCGCGAGAGACGGCGUGUGCAGGCAGUGAACAGCGCUUUCGUAAGAUUAAGGAAAUGCGUGCCCAUUGAGAACCGCAACAAACGACUGUCCAAAGUGAAGACAUUGCAUCGCGCCAUUGAAUACAUCGCUUCCCUUCAGGACCUCAUACGAGAGGCUGACCAACAAGAAGGUAGUGUUGCCGACGAAUCCAAUGAGCAGUUCAAUGGAUUCAUUAAAUCUGAGAUCGAGUGCACAGAAAAAAAGUUUAAUAAAGAGAAUAGAAUUGGAGAUCAGAAAUGGAUUGAAACGGAUUUCAGCAAUUUUUCCGAUUCUGCUAUACCCGUCUGUAUGAUCCGUAAUGUAGUGUACGGUAUAGAGCGCUGUCAAGUGAGCAGCUGA